GAACUCGAAUGGUGCCUUGUGACUUCCUGAUUCCAGCUCAAUCACAGCAUCCAAUCAGAGACAACCUGCACCACAAGGUAUCACUGAUGUUAGAGAGGUACCUGUCUAAAGCAAGAAACACUUUCUUUCUUUUCAUUUCAUUUGUUGAAUUUGUGAUUAUUCUUCCCGUUUUUGCAGCAAUGUAUGAGCACAAGAUCUUUGUCCAGGGAUUAAUGUGGGAGAUCAACAGCUUUGACCAGUGGGGAGUGGAACUGGGAAAACAGCUCGCCAAGAAGAUUGAGCCUGAGCUCAAGGACACUGCUGAGGUUCACUCCCACGACUCCUCCACCAACGGACUAAUCAACUUCCUCAAGAAGAAUUUUGCCUGAGCUGAGUGACCUCAAUAACUUCCCCUUGACUCCACAGCAUUAUCUAUCUUAUCAGCUCAGGAGCUGCGUGGACAGGAGUCCCGCAGUGGCAGCUGGUCACUCCCACGCAGUCGAGCUGAAGCACUCUGUAUGUUUGUUCUCGCAUUAUGAAUAUCGUGACUGUCUAGUAUGCUGUCGUUUCCACGUUUGUUCGUUUACCACUGUGAGAGGAAAAAGCUUUUUGUAUUAGACUGUCGUGACAGGCAGAGCGAAGCAUGCCCCCGCUCUGUCUCUACUGUUACACGAAAUUUUGUUCCUGAAAUAAAAAUCUUCACACAGAAUA